UGGUUCAAGGAAAAUUUAUUUAGUUUUUUUUAAGAUCGUGAACAUCUGUGUCUAUAGUCACGGAAGAAUCACAACUUCGAGGAAACCACCGAUCGUAGACUACAACCCGAAAUGUUAUUCUUCCUAAUUAAUGUCUUACCUUUAACUGGGACAGAUCGUACACUCACCAGAUCGUCGUAUUUUAUCCGCUUUGAAAACCGUUUUGCAACCCAUCGAAUGGAUGUUAACACUGGCUCUAUUACGGGUAGUCCUAGUUCAUGUAUUUGGAUCUAGUACAUCAAGCAAUAAUAAGCAUAAGUAACACUUACCCUUAAGGAUUCCAGUUUCUUUUAGUUCCCCAAAAUACAUACAAGCACAACAGAUUCAUACUUUUCAUGCGGCUCAACCUUAUUUGACUUAGAUUCUCUCACGAUAUAUUUUUUUUAAAUGAUAGCAGACACACGGAUGGUAUAUUCACAUUCUCAAAAAGCUUCAAAGCUUUUUCAACUUCAACCCAGGUUCUAAAUUUUCCACGUUUAAUUUGUUCUUCGAAAACUUUGCUAACAUCAACUCUGAUGGUGUUCCCUUUAACAGAUUCACUCGCAGAUUGUUGCAUGCUGUAAACAUGAACGAGAAAGUCACUUUUUUCAGGAUUUCUACAUCUUAGGUAAUUAAAUGAGCCAACAAGAAUAACGGCAACCAAUAAAUGGACUGAAAACAACUGCUUCUGCCAGCCAAACAUCUUCACGUGCAUGAUUUCCAAGACUUCCACACAUUGCCAAUUCAUUAACAGCUGAAAACCAAAUAAAACACUAAAAGCCGCAUAAAUACAAGGUAUGAAACAAUUACACCGAAAUGAAUGCACUGACCUGAUAGUGAAAAGUUUCAAAACCAAAGAAAUAAUUCAUUUUAACGGCAACGGAAACAAAAAAUGAGGUGAAACGCAACAUUUGUGAACAAUACGCAUCAAGAUUAGUCGUGUAUAACGGCAGCAUAAACGGAACAACAAACGCGUAGACGAACAGCUACGGAACUGCAAUCCAACAUGGCCGACCAAUAUGGACGAAAAUGACCUUCGAGAGUCUCACUCCACCAAUGACCUUGAUAAGUUACGGAUAAUUUCAGCCAUGGCUACAGCAGUCAAGUGGCGGAACCAACUACGCACUACCAAAGACCAGAAACCUUUGCCUUUCAACCAAAACCCGAACAUUAAAAUAUCAUUUUAGCUUACACCAGUUCAUAAAAACAAUAUUAAAUAUUAGGUUGGUGAUUGUGUGGUUUAUGUACAGUCUCGGUGUUUCUACGUGGGCAUUUUGAAAACGCGUUACGAUGGGUCUAAAAAUACAUGUUGUUUACUGUGGGGCAUGAGGUUAUGAGCCAAAGUAUAAGAACUUCAAGCAGCAGUUGGAGCGUCGCUUCCCCGGGAAGCUUGAGAUUACUGGUGAAGGGACGCCUCAGUCAACUGGCUGGUUUGAAGUUCAAGUUGUGGAUGGUCCACUCCUACAUUCGAAAAAGAAUGGUGAUGGAUAUGUGGACAGUAACAAGUUGCAGCAAAUCAUUUCAGCCAUUGAAAAAUUGUUGUAACGCAUAAAAUGUGUGUACACUUAACUGUAUCUGGUGUAAGCCAUAUGACUGAAUGUAGGUAAAGAUUCGCCUGCUUUCAUGAUGCCAGCUCUAACCACAUCUGCUAACGUGUACCACUUCUGGAUCUGCCAUUCAUUCAUAAAUAAAUAAGUCAUUUCAUAUUGUCUCUUGAUUGUUAAUAAGCUAAUGGUGGGUUCUAAUAAUAUUGAGAUACAAGGUUACGUUAUAGUUUCUUGAAGUUACAAUAAAGAUGCUCAAAUAAACUUUCUAAUAUGGGAUUGCAUUCUAACGCAAUGCCUAAGUUUUGCACUUGCAUUAAUGGUAGACGGUCAAAAUCUGUAAAACUUCGGUCGUCAAACAUCUGAAUUGGAUUCUGUUGAUUCUUAAUUAAAUUUGGCUUCCGUGUUUGGAUACGAAGUUAUAGUUUUC